ACAUUUGUCUAAAUCAAGUCCGCUGUCCCUGAAAAAAUUUGCAGUUAGGCAGGUAGGUACCGGUUGCAAUAGAUAUAUAUACAGACUGGAGAGAGAAAAACUCGGAGAGAGAGAGAGAGAGAGAUACAAAACAAAACCGAAAGGCUAGAGAGAGAAACCAACGAUGAAGAAAGAGGACCAAACCGAAUCGCCUGUCCUUGACGCCGCCGUUGACGCCGUCGCAGAUUUAGUUGUAGUUCUCGAAGGUGAUGGAGACGGAAACGGAAACGGUGACGGUGGUGGUAGCAGUAGCAGCCGAGUCAAGGGACCUUGGUCGCCUGAAGAAGACGCGGUACUAAGCCGCCUCGUGAGCAAGUUCGGCGCGAGGAAUUGGAGCCUGAUCGCCCGAGGAAUUCCCGGGAGGUCCGGCAAGUCGUGCCGACUUCGGUGGUGUAAUCAGCUAGACCCUUGCGUUAAGCGCAAGCCCUUUACUGAUGAAGAGGAUCGCAUCAUUUUAGCAGCUCAUGCAAUUCAUGGAAACAAAUGGGCAUCAAUUGCAAAGCUCCUGCCCGGUAGAACGGACAAUGCAAUUAAAAACCACUGGAAUUCAACACUGAGGCGCAAGGGCACAGAGCUCAAAAGGCUUAAACCAUCAUCUGUCAACAUUUUGGAAGAAGGAAGCCCAGACUGCACAAAAGCAUCCUCAGAAGAAACCCUAUCAUAUGGAGAAAAUAAUUCAUUGAGGGCCCUAGAGGGAAAAGAUUUGAGCUUGACACAAAAUAGACUCAACCAUUGUGAAGAACAUCGAGCUGCUGAAAUAAACCGUCCUGCACUUUCUUGUCCAGUGCCACGUGUCGGCGCAUUCAGCGUUUACAACCCUCCAAGCAGCUCAAGAACUGGUUCUAUAUUUUCAAGGAUUGAUCCAAUGCAGGGGCCAUUGAUCCAAGCUGUCAAACCUUACUUUGGGGUCUGCAAAUUUCUUGAAGGUGUUGGUGUUGAGCCCGUUGUUCCUUUGCAAUGUGGCCAUGGUUGCUGUGAAGCUUCAAAUGGGGCUUCUUCUCGGAGAUCAUUGUUGGGACCCGAGUUUGUUGAUUAUGAUGAACCACCUCCCUUCUCUAGUCACGAGUUGGCUACCAUUGCCACAGAUUUGAACAACAUUGCCUGGAUCAGAAGUGGCCUCGACAGUACUGGCACACAAGUGGUGGAAAAUGCAGCUAGCCAGAGAGCGUCUCAGGAUGUUGCAGCACAAAUGGGUGUAUUCGAACAGAAUCUGAAUCACGACAAUUUUCGAUUUGAAGAGGGUCGGAACAGGCUGGUGGGCACAAUGACUGACGUGAUGUCAAGCCAGAUGCCAAUGCCAACUUUUGCUUUGCCAGCCGAAGUAGAAGGCUUGAGCUAAAAUCCACAACUGGUUUUUCCAUCUUUUUUGUGGUAUGGCGAGAUGGUACCAUGAUGAGUUUGCAGCAGGAAUCCAAAUUGUAAAGAGGUUUGUGAUGGCAAAAAAUCAUAUCAUGUAAUGGCCAACGAUUUCAGCAUUACUGGGAAGCUGGUGGCAUUUUGUUUUGAGAAAUAGUUAAAAGUUUAACCAGACAUGGUUCAAAGUUAGAACUCAGUUACAUCAGUUAUUUACCAUUGUGAUGCUUCGGUCAGUGUAUUAACGUUGAAUUUGAACCUCCUGUUUUUAUAGAUACAAGUUCUUUUUUCUAUGUCA